AUGUCGGCUGUGUUCCGCCCCGUUCAAGAUGGUGAUUUUGUGUUUCGCCUGCUCGAGCUGAGCGACUACGAGAAAGGAAUCUGUCGUGUGCUGGGCCAGCUGACCGAAGUGGGCAACGUCACCAAGGAGCAGUUCGCGCGCCGCUUCAACGAGUUCAGGCAACAAGGCGACACCUACUUCGUAGUGGUGUGCGAGGACCUGGCCAAGAGGCAGGUGGCCGGCUGUGCCACGCUCAUGGUGGAGAAGAAGAUCAUUCACGACUGCGGUUCGUGCGGGCACAUUGAAGACGUCGUCGUCGACUCCACCUACCGCGGCAAGAAUCUUGGCCUCAAGCUGAUUCAGCACCUGAGGGACAUUGGCGAGAGGCUGGGCUGCUACAAGAUCAUACUGGACUGCUCGGAGAAGAACGUGCCCUUCUACGAGCGCACCGGCUUCACGAAGAAGGAAGUACAGAUGGUGUGCUACAUUCCCCAGAAGAAAGCGGCGCUCUGA